AUGAGCUCGCAACCUCGCCGCAGUCCCGCUAGUGCUGCCGUGGAUGCCCCCGAGAGGUCGCCACUCCUCCCUCCUGGCAGCUUCUCGCUCAACUACAACUCCGACUCGGCCGUCUACGACCGCAAGACCGAAGAGAACGACAGCGACUCGCGUCGCUACUUUCACCCUACCAAUACUACCACCACCAACAACAACGGCAGCAGCAGCAGUAAUAGCAGUCACAGCAGCUCCAGUCACACCAGCAGUCCCGGCAAUGGAAAAAACCUCAGCGAAGAGCUCCUGGACUUUAGUGACUUGGAUCGCCAAUUGCUCUCGCCCACGAGUUACCGGCAGCAAAACACGGACGCCGCGUUCCGCCCGAUCCCACGCACGAGUUGGCGUGGCUUUGGCAUUCCCCGCAGGUUGAAACGAGGAGCUCCGAAGCCGCUGCCUGCCCCUGGUACUGUGAGUCACACGACGAGACGGUCCCGUAUGAGGACGAUUAACAAGCAGCUACGAGCUCCUCCAAGUGGGCCCAAGCUGCGCGUGUCUGCGUACUGUACGUGCGACCAGUUGCAGCUGUUUAAGCUGCUCAAGUGGCUCGAGCGAGUCGAGACGGGGCAAUUACCGGGCGGAGAACUACAUCCGGAUGGAUGGACCCACGAGAUGUACAUGGGUGCAAUCCACUCGAGCUGCACGCCAGCACCAGAUCUUGUACCCUAUCAGCAGAAGGAUGCCUUCUACUUUGCCACGGGAUGCGCAGUCUUCUGGGGCUUGACAAGAGCAGAAGAACAGGCGCAUCUAGUGGCGCUUGGAGCGUUCUCGGUGGGACCAGUAAAACAAGUCGAGGUGGAGGACAUGGACUACAUGUACGGCGAUGCAAGCAUCAUUUGCAAUGACGCGAUUACGCUGAGCAGUAACCGCGCAUCGGAGAAGCUGGCAGUGUCGUUUGCAAUGGCACAGUCAUCAAAGCUGGACGUUUUCGAAGAGCGCGUGGAGGAAACGAUUCGCGAGACGAAACACGUGCCUCAGAAUCUCGCGACUACUGGAUCCAUCCAGUAUUCUCAGGGCGACAUCUCAAAACUCAUCGGGCGGUUAUUCAUCGAGCGGAGCGAUGUAAAUCUAAACUCCGAUAUGCUGGAUGAGCCGGACUUUUUCUGGGAAGACGAUGAGUACGAACCAUUGUACAAGAAAGUGAUGAAGUAUCUGAGCGUGGACAACCGUGUCCAGAUCCUUAACACACGUUUGGACAUCCUUCGUGAACUACUCGACGUGCUAAGCCAGCAGCUUGCACACCAACACGACACAAAGUUGGAAAUGAUCGUAAUCUGGCUCAUUGUCGCAGAAGUCGCCGUCCAAGUCGUGUGGAAUAUUCUCAUCAAGGACAUCCUCGGUUUCUUUCCGCACUCCGACGCGGACUAG